UGGGCGAGAUAGUAAACUGAAUGGCGUUCUGCGUUAUAGCAGAGUGUUACAGUAUGACUAGAGCGUUACUGUAAAACCCUCUCUGGCAAUAAUAGUCAGAAGUAUUUCCCAUUCUCACAGACGUCAGAGUUGAGAGUUCCCGCUUCGUCAGUGAUUUCAGUCCCCGCCUUAUCCCACAGUGGUUGAAACAAGUGUCCCGGAGAGAUUCUUGCUGUUCUUGCUGCUUGGAAAAGAACCGCCGGAGAACUCGAAGUAACGACCGACACACACGCAAACACACACGUGCUGUACACAAGUAAGUGAUGGAUUCCAAGAUCCUGACACUUCUGGGCAUCGGCUUGUUGUCCGUGGCGGUGUUGGUCCACGUCAUCUGCCUGUCGAUGCCUCACUACGCCUCGGUCAACAUCGGAGAGACGAUUGUCUCUGGCAUGGCCAAGUUCGGCGAACAGAAGAGGGCAUCAUUUCCUGGCAAAAGGGGCUGGGAGGAUGUUCCAUUCGACAGACAGUCGCUCUCCGUAGACCAACCUAGAAGAGGAGUCCGCGAUUCUGGUCAGAGUUGGGCUCAAAACGUCUUUGAAAAACUGGCCAAAAACCCAAGUGAACUUUUGAAGUAUUUGCACAUCGUGGGCUACUUCGGACUGUGGAAGUUGUGCGCGGAGUUUGACAUAGUGCAGACCAACCUCCAGGCCUUGAUAUGCACUGUGUUUGACAGCGAUACCAACUUCGAGAUUAACUUACCUGAGAUCCCGCAUGUGAAGAGUGUCGCCCCAGGGUGCGCCGUCCUUCUCAGCAACAUUAUCUUUGCCUCCAAGUUCUGGCAAAUUUGGGCGGACGGUAACAACGUGCCCAAGAGGAUGGAAGAAAUGCCGCCAGUGCUGAAAGAUAUGCUGAACGAUAUGUUUACCUUGGACUGGGCGUUUGGCCUCGAUGUCACCGCAGCCGUGCUCUCCUUGGUGGCCGGUGUGGUUCUCUUCAUCGCCGGACGUCGUAUGACGCAGAAGUAUGUGGAGGUAAACCUCCAAACGUGAACGCUUGUUCUUGUAACGAGUGGCUGCACUGCCUCAGGUCUACAGUCAAAAUACUGUGUGCGCUUGUUCGUGUCUGUCUUUUUAGUAUGUCUUAAUAA